UCAUUAUAAAUUUCUUUCUUAUGUGCUUGCAGACAUGCUGCUUGAUACUGCUAUUAUCUUUCCCAAUGCAGAUGAUGUAGUAGUUUUCCAUGUCCACGCUGCUCCCUUUUUGAAUAUUGGGAUUAAGUUGCCCUUCCUCAGUUUUCUAAAACCUCAUCCAUUUUUAAGUCUUACACUCAGUAGUUCUGGGAAUAGUUCAAUAAACUCGGCAUCCAGCUUCUUAGAUGGUCAUGUGGAGGGGACAGCCAUUCAUGAUCUUCAAUCACUAUGGAGAUGCUUGUGGGAGGCCUGAGCAUGAUUUAAUUUAAGGAAGUGCUAAUCAUUCUGAAACCAUUGGAGGAACUGAGAGUCUUGGAAGGACAAUGGGCUGGGAGAUAUGCAGAUGAAAUUGAGGUUGGCAGCCAUCUAAAGAAGUGAUAGAAAAUGGCAACUAUUGGUUGGAUUCAUGAUCCUUUCCCUGUUAUUUCCAAAGAUAUUGGAUUAUUUAUUUUUUCAGGUGUUAUUAUUAUAAAAUACAUAGAAAUAAAUAAAUUGGUCCUAACACAUCUGCUUUUGGGAAACAGAAGAUGGGAAAGAAAAGAGUGGCAAUUAUUGGAGCUGGUUCCAGUGGACUCUGUAAUGUCAAAUGCUGCUUGGAAGAAGGUCUGGAGCCUGUAUGCUUUGAAAGCAGUGAUGAUAUUGGGGGACUCUGGAGGUUCAAGGACAAUCCUGAGGAAGACCGGGCUAGUAUUUACAAAUCUGUGAUCAUCAACACCUCCAAAGAGAUGAUGUGCUUCAGUGACUUCCCCAUCCCAGAUGAUUUUCCCAACUACAUGCACAAUUCAAAGAUAAUGGACUAUUUCCGGAUGUAUGCAAAACACUUUGACCUUCUGAAAUAUAUUCACUUCAAGACUAAAGUCUGCAGCGUAACAAAAUGCUCAGAUUUCUCUACCAGUGGCCAAUGGGAUGUUACCACAGAAUCAGAUGGGAAGCAGGAAUCAUCAGUUUUUGAUGCAGUUUUGGUCUGCACUGGCCACCACACCAGUGCAUAUCUGCCCCUGGACUCCUUCCCAGGGAUUACCACUUUCAAGGGUCACUAUUUACACAGUCGUGAUUACAAGAGUCCCAAUGAAUUUACAGGAAAAAGAGUCAUUGUGAUUGGUAUUGGGAACUCAGGAGUGGACCUUGCUGUGGAGAUAAGCCACACAGCACAACAGGUUUGUAACUACAUGCUUUCUUUUAUAUUAAUGAAGGGCAAGAUAUUAGGAAAGUGUUCUGAAAAUUAUGAAUGUCCACUGACCUUGUGAACUCUAAAAUUCUGA